CUCAUAGGACAAAAAAAAAGGCGGUCCCAUAUUUUCUAUGCAUGUCAUCAAAACCAGUUCUAUCUCACAUUGUAAAGUUCUCUCUUUACCCAUUUCUCAAAUUUAUCAUCAAUUAUCAUUUAUCAUCCUGAAUUUCUGAGGCAUCAGCAGGAUAGAUGGCAACCGAGCCAGUCAAUAUAAAUGAGUAUCAAGAACUGGCUCGUCGAGUCCUUCCCAAGAUGUACUAUGACUUUUAUGCUGCAGGAGCUGAAGAUGAGCAUACAUUAAAAGAAAAUGUCAAAGCAUUCUCCAGAAUCAGCAUCUGUCCAAGGAUUCUCAUAGAUGUGAGUAAAAUUGAUCUUUCGACCAGUAUCUUGGGCUAUCACAUCUCUGCUCCAAUAAUGAUUGCUCCAACUUCGUAUCAUAAGCUGGCACACCCUGAAGGAGAAAUAGCAACAGCUAAAGCUGCUGCUGCGAGUGAAACUAUUAUGGUGCUAUCCUUCAGUUCUAACUCCACCUUGGAAGAGGUUUCUGCCUCCUGUAGUGCUGUGCGGUUCUUUCAAUUAUAUGUGUUUAGAAAUAGAGAAGUUUCAGCUUGGCUUGUUCAGAGAGCAGAAAAAAGUGGAUACAAGGCUAUUGUUGUAACUGUUGACACUCCUAAACUUGGUCGAAGGGAGGUGGAUAUAAAGAACAAAAUGAUUUCACCUCAGGUCAAGAAUUUGGAGGGUUAUAUGUCCACCGAAAUUGUCAGUGACAAGGGUUCAGGUCCUCAAGCUUUUGCAAAUAGUUAUUAUGAUGCGUCUUUCUCCUGGAAGGAUAUAAAUUGGCUGAAAUCUAUUACAAAGCUUCCAAUCUUGAUCAAGGGUGUUCUCACACAUGAAGAUGCAACAAGAGCGGCAGAAGUUGGAGUGGAUGGAAUCAUAGUUUCGAAUCAUGGAGCAAGACAGCUUGAUUAUGCUCCAGCCACAAUCUCUGUUCUCGAAGAGGUGGUUCGUGCUGUUGGAGGCAAAGUUCCUGUUCUCCUUGAUGGAGGGGUGAGACGGGGAACAGACAUUUUUAAGGCUUUGGCACUUGGUGCGCGCGUUGUUCUUGUUGGAAGACCUGUAAUAUAUGGACUGGCGGCAAAGGGAGAAGAUGGCGUAAAAAAAGUCAUUAGAAUGUUGAAGGAUGAAUUAGAGCUCACUUUAGCCCUUGCUGGCUGCUCUAGUAUAAAAGAUAUCACCAGGAACCAUGUCAGAACUGAGCAUGAAAGACCUCAGUCCUUGCUCUAAGUCAGUUUAUAUAAAAAUGUCCAACUCAGUUUUAAUUUUUUACUUUAUGUUGUGAAAUGAAAAUAAAAGCUUGUUUCAUAGGGCAACUAAGCAAUAGUGCAGUUUGCCUUGAACAGCCAGUGUAUUACUUCUAAAAUGCAUGAUAUGAUUUGUAUCAAGGUUUGUUUGUUGUU